CCGAAACACUCACUUCCGGUGUCUGCCGUUUCUUGUCGCCUCCGCAACCCACGUACAUCCGGGGCAGCGGCGCUGCUGCAACGUUUUGUUCGAGUUUGCUUGCGCAUAAGAAUAAGGUAGAUCGACUCUCUUUUGUUCGCUCUCUCUCGCGCACGCCUGGUCAGGCCACCCUCGAAAUCCGGCAUUGCCGUCAACAACCCACUCUCUUCCCGAAACUCGAGCUUUUUCUUCUGACACAACCCGGAACCGGCUGCCCGACCGAUAACCUUGUGCGUGUGCGCGACUUUGCAAAUUGGGACCCUCGCAUACUUGUCAAAUCGAUUGCCACGCAACUCACUUCACUUCACUUUGAACAACCAUCCAUCUUGGGGUCUUUUUUGCCAAGACCCACCUUGGAACUCCCUAGCUUCCUCCUCGACUUUCUUGUCUCUCACUUCCUCUUGCUCUCUCUCUCUCUCUCUCUCUCUCUUUCUCUUUCUCUCUCUCUCUCUUUCUCUCUCUCACUCUCGUCAACUCUGGCAAAUCUCACUCUGUAACAACAACAUCAGCCGCGUUUGGGACGCACUUCAACAACAACACAUCACCUGUCUUUUUUGCCGACCCCCGUCUUUUUCUUUGAACACCUUACAACUUUUUGCGACUUAUCGUCGCCACUGUUGACUGGCUGCAUAUGUUGUUGUCAUUAUUUGUCUUUUAACUCGCAUUUUCCGCUUUUGCCUUUUCUCACUUAGCUUCCGCUCACUUUCCGACCUUUUUUUCUGUUCUUUGCCAUCAGAACAACCCAUCCGUCAGCAACUUUUAUCGCGCCCAGAAUGGAGGCCACAAGUCGCACCGCCCUCCCUGAUGGCGGCGGUCAGAAAAAGAAGGUCAAGGGUCGCAGCAAGUCGCCCAAGUCGCCCACCACCACCACCACUUCCAACGGCGCAUCAUCUGAAAUCGCCAGAAAGUCGAGCACUCGUGUCAGGAAUGUUGUCGACUACGACGAAAAGAGGGCUUUUGUCGGCUUGGACAGCGAUCCUGUUGUCCCCCCUCCUCCCCGCCGGCAGUCCCCCCCCUCUGCUCACCAGAAUGGCAGCAACGGCAGCGCUGCUGUCAAGAAGACUGCUCACAACUCUGGCAACGGCAGUGGCCUCACUGAGCUCGAGGAGCGCGUCCAGGAUUUGGGCGACUCGUGGGAGACAGAGUCUCUGCUGAACGACAUUCUUGGCGAUGUUCACGAGGAUAGGUUCUUCACCGAUGACGCCGAUGCCUGCACCCCAGAAGAGGCAAUCCAAUACCGCCAAAUGCUCCGCGCUUUGGGUCCUGAGAUCUUUGUCCAGCGCACCGUCGACGCCGGCCGCAUCACAGCCAAGAAGCUUCUCACAGCUUUUGGCGUCCGCCCACCGGACUUUUUGGAAGGCCAAGACGACGACGCCUACUUUUCUCUCCUGAGCUAUGCGUUCACGAGGGAGCUCAAAAAGCGCGCCAAACUGACGCGGUACAACACGGUCGACGACGCCGUCGCCCUCCUCAAAGAAAAGAAGAACAUCAUCGUCCUCACGGGCGCGGGCAUCUCCACCUCGCUCGGCAUCCCCGACUUCCGCUCGGCCGGCACGGGCCUCUACAGCAAACUCGCCCAUUUGGGACUGAACGAUCCGCAGGAGGUGUUUGACCUGUCGGUCUUUAGGCAAGACCCGACGAUUUUUUACUCGGUGGCGAAGGAUAUCUUGCCGAGCGAGGACCGGUACACGCCGACGCAUCAGUUUAUCAGGUUGCUUCAGGAGCGGGGGAAGCUGUUGACGAAUUACACGCAGAACAUUGACAACUUGGAGUCCAAGGCGGGGAUUUUGCCCGAGAAGCUGGUUCAGUGUCAUGGGAGUUUUGCCACGGCGAGUUGUGUCAAGUGUGGGGAGAAGGUUGUGGGCGACAGUAUUUUUGCGGAGAUCAAGGCGGGGAAGAUUCCUCGGUGCAGGAAGUGUCCUUCUGGGCAGUCUCGAUCUCAGUCACGAAAGAGAAAGACGGCCAACUCUUCCAACUCGAAACGUCGCCGGGAUUUCGACCGGGACAGCAAUUCCGACUCGGAAUUUGAUCUUGUCUCUUCAUCAGCGGGGGUGAUGAAGCCGGAUAUUAUUUUUUUCGGGGAGCCGCUCCCGGAUGAGUUUAGUCAGAGGCUGACGCAGCACGAUGUCGACAGGGUGGACUUGGUGAUUGUCAUCGGGACGAGCUUGAAGGUUGCGCCGGUGAGCGAGGUGGUGCCGUACCUGCCGAGCCACAUACCGCAGAUUUACAUCAGUCGGGAGGCGAUUGGGCACAAUAAUUUUGACAUCGACUUGUUGGGGGAUUGUGAUGUUGUUGUGGCGGAGCUGUGCAGGAGGGCGGGGUGGGAGUUGGGGCAUGAGAUGGUGCCGGAGGGGCAGGUGGUUGAGGUUAAGGCUGUGGAGGGGUGGGGGAGCAGGUGGGUUUUUAAGGAGGUGAAGGACGGGGAUAAGGAGGAUGGGGUGAAGGAUGAGAUGAAGGAGAAGAAUGGGGAGAGUGGGAAGGGGAAGAGGGGGAAGAAUGGCGGCGGGGGAAAGAAGUAA